AUGUUUGAUCUAAAAAGGCGUGAAAUUGAGUAUCAAGUGGGAGAUAAAGUAUUUUUAAAGGUUUCUCCAUGGAAGAAGAUUAUGAGAUUUGGCCAAAAAGGAAAACAUAGUCCUCGAUUUAUUGGGCCAUAUGAAGUACUAGAGCGGGUUAGACCAGUUGCAUAUAAAUUAGCUCUUCCACCGGAGUUGGAUAGGAUCCAUAAUGUCUUCCAUGUUUCUAUGCUUAAAAGAUAUCGCUCAGAUCCAUCUCAUGUUCUUCCUGUUGAAUCCAUAGAUGUGAGCCCUGACUUAACAUACGAAGAAGAACCCAUCCAAAUCUUGGCGCGUGAGAUAAAAGAGCUUCGAAACAAGAAAGUUCCAUUAGUAAAAGUCCUUUGGAGAAAUCAUUCUGGCAAAGAGGCUACCUGGGAGCGAGAAGAGGAUAUGCGAAUUCAAUACCCACAGUUGUUUUGA